AUGCCCACCUUCAACCUGCAGACCAAUGUGCCUGGUGACCGGGUGUCGGCCUCCCAGAUCGUGGCCGAUCUGAGCAAGGCCGUGGCGCAGGCUACUGGCAAGCCAGAAGGGUAUGUGAUGGUGAGCCUGGAGACAGGGAAGCAGAUGAUGUUUGGAGGCACUGAGGAGCCGUGCGCAUUUGGCGAGCUCAUCUCUAUUGGCUCUAUUGGAGGCGAGAAGAACAAGAAGAUCAGCGCCGCCCUGGCUGAGGUUGUGCAGCGGCACCUGGGCGUGCCCGCCAGCAGGAUGUACAUCAAAUUCUACGAUGUCGCCAGGUCCGACUUUGGGUGGAACGGCACCACCUUCUGA